UAAGUGGGACACGAGAUGUAGGCUUGUAUAGACUUCUUCGGGGUUUCUUAUAGAAAAAUAACUUGAUAAGAACCAAAAAUAUUUGGCUGAUUUUUUCAAAUAAUGUGUAUAAAUACUAGUGCCAAAUAGCUGUAGGGGACAAAACAAACGGAGACUGAAUUCACAACUUCAUUGUCAGUCCUGCAAAACAAACCACGCGCUUUUAAAGGACCGGAGAAAGGAUUUCCUCUGGACCACACGGGUUACUUUUAAGGAGUUUUGAAAAGUGUUUUCUGAAAGUGGUGUGUGCCCGCCUCUCAACAGCAGGUUGCAUGGUAAACUGGAUUUGAUGCAUGGCAUUUGUAUGACCCCAUUCAGCACCUGUGUGGGGUUGAGAGUGACUGGUUGUAGCCAUGGCCCAAACUACACAACAUAACGGCACCCCUGCAGAUAAAGAUGAUGGUGACAAGGACCCUGCGGCCCCCUAUUGUUUGGAAACCCCAUAUGGGUAUCAGAUAGACUUGGACUUCCUCAAGUAUGUUGAUGACAUCGAAAGGGGCAACACCAUCAAGAAGCUAAACAUUCAGAGAAAACCCAAAGUGACCAGGUUUGUGCCACCCCCUCAGUCUGGUCAGGCUGAAUGGACCUCUACCGACUCUCUGUCAUCAUCCAACAGUGAUGAAAGCAAGCAGUCACCAGUCUUCUUUGCAGCCCGGAACCAGCUAGCUUCCCUGGGCCACAUUGCACAAAUCAAUGAGGCCCCACAGACUUUUCUGAACGUUCUUGAGGCCAAGCAGCAGCAGCUGCCACCGCCUUCACCCCAUCUCCCCCGUCAAAACCUCCAAGUGGAGAAAACACUAAUGGAGACUCGGAGGCGAUUAGAACAGGAGCGGCUGCUCAUGCAGCCACCAGCAACUGAGCCACCCCGUCGGCGGCUGGCCAGUUUCGGGGGAAUGGGUUCCAGUAGCUCUUUGUCAUCCUAUGGUGGCUCAUAUGGGGCAAGCCAGAUCUCACCUAGUUCAAAUUCUACUCAGCAUAAUGGACAUCUGCCCAAUGGUGAAUACAAUCUCUACUUAACAUCCUCCAUGGGGAGCUCAAUACGUCACAGUCCACUGAGUUCAGGUAUGACCACGCCAGUAACUAACAUCAGCCCCCUGCACCUUCAGAACAUCCGUGAUCAGAUGCUGGUGGCUCUCAAACGACUUAAAGAGCUUGAGGAGCAGGUGAAAACCAUCCCUAUUCUUCAAGUUAAGAUCUCUGUUUUGCAGGAGGAAAAAAGACAGCUCGUGUCACAGAUAAAGAACUCAAAACUACCUGGGCAGGGCCAACCGGGGGCAUUUCGGAAGCGAUCCUACAGUGUAGGAAGUGCUGACCAGUAUGAGCCUGUGGCCCAGCUUCAGUCGGGUUCCGAGCUGCACAUUGUUGAGCCAGAAAACGUAGAACAGAGCUCACAAAGACUACAGGAAUUUCGGCAACUGACGGCUGAGGUACAGGCUUUAGAGAGAAAUAUUCAGGACACCAGUAUGAACUCAGAACAUGCCUUACACCAAAUACAACACAGUACAAACCAAAAUGCCUUGCAUAGACAAUGGAACCGUGAAAGUAAAUCUAUUGGUGUUGGUGCAGAUGAGAACAUGAAUGAUGUAGUAAUCUACAGGAAGUUGCCAGGACAGAGCAAGGAUGUUGCUGUAGGGACUGAGCAGGAAACAAGGAGCACAGGAGUUGGGGUGACUGAGGCCAUGCUGGGCAUGACCACUGAGGCUGAGGCUGAAAUAGAGCUGCAGCACCAAACCAUUGAGGCUCUCAAGGAGAAGAUCUACAGAUUGGAGGUACAGCUCAAAGAGACCACUCAUGAAAUGGAGAUGGGCAAACUAAAGUUAGAGCUUCAGGUGGCUGGCUCAAGGAAGAAACUAGACAAAGGUUCACUGGCAAAGCCUGAAAUGUAUAGCACUUCAGUAGAGGCCAAGGUCUCCACAAAGAGUCAAGGGGUGGGGAAUCAUGCGGAAUGCAAUGAGGUCAGCACAUGCCACGUGCCACAAACACACACUGUUGGUGUUUGUUGUAAACCAGAUUUAAAACAUAUUGCUGUGGGUCCAGAUGUGACAAUGGAUAGGUGGGUUGUACAAGAACGUGUGGAGGUUCAAGAUAAGUGUGUUGGAAAGGAGGUUAUAAUGUGCCAUCAGGAAUCGGGGGUAGAAAUAUGUACGUGUGAGGUGGGAGUGAACACUCAGUUGAGUGUGGAAAGUUUAGACCUUUUUAAGACAGAAUCUGAACCGGCAAAAGUAUUUAGGUCCAUUGGGUGUGGAGAUUGCACAGUAGAUGUGUUGGUUAGUCCGAUUAAAGAGGUGGUGUCCAAAGCCACAGUGACUGACCCUGUGAGUAGAAUGGACUCGGCUGUAAUGGUAUUACCCGCAGUGUUUUCUCAACAUACAAACACAGAAUUAAAUACUGUAGAUAACUUCACUAACACUGAGUGCAUUGUUCUUACUGAUUCAUGCAUGAACACUCAACAAAUUUCUGAAGACAAGCAAACCAACACAGUACCAUUGGAGACUCGCACUGUCGCUGUUGGCGAUGGACUUGUAAAAGAUACACAGACCGCGGUAAAGUCUCGCUCCAUUGCAGUUGGUACCACAGCUUCAGAUGAGACUACUGAAAAGGUAACCUGUUCUAAAACCAAAGACAGUGGAGUUGGGCUUACUAGCAUAGAUGAGAACUUUUUGGUUGGUCUUAAGACACGGAGCAUAGCUUGUGGCCCUUUUCAACCACUAAUCCAAGAAGUGGAAAAAAGCAUGGACGUUGACCCAGUGGUCACUGCAGAGCCUCUCACUUCAGAAAACAAGCCUGGUACUCACGUUGACUUGGAUCACUAUAUAGAGAGAGUGCAGAAGCUUCUUCAGGAGCAACAGAUGUUGCUGGCUGAGAAUUACAGUGAGUUGGCAGAUGCAUUUGGUCCACCACAACAGUCUCAGUUCAAUUCCAUCAACAGUGAGUUGGUUACCACUCUGUCAUCCAUCAACUCUGUGAUGAAGUACGGCAGCAUUGAGGAUCUCCACAACUUGGGGCUCGGGGGUCUGCAAGCAGACUCUGGCAAUGUCAGGAAAGACUCCCAGAUUGCCAGCUCUCAUCGGGUCAGUGCAAAGCUGGAGGUCACUCAUACAGAAAGUGUGUGUGCAGAGGAUACCGUGUCCCAUGAGCAGAGUGCGGCUUUACAGAAAAGCCAUAUGGACCAGCAGAUGUCCACUGCUCUACAUGGUAGCCAGAGUGCCCUGAAGUCCAUCAUGAAGAAGAAAGACGGGCGCCAGGUUUCCACAAGCACCAAAAAGAAUUUGCAGUUUGUUGGUGUGAAUGGAGGAUAUGAGUCAACCUCAAGUGAUGAAUCCAGCUCUGAGGAGAGCAGCUCUUCAGGCUCUGAGGGAGAAGAGGAUGAAACAGAGGGGUUGGGGUUGGAAAAAACUACAAAGGACAGGAGGAAUGAUCAGUUCAGUAAUGAGGGAGCAGGCGAUGUAAAGAGAGAUGUGGAAAGUUCUGGCCAGGAGAAUCAGGAGACACGAGAGAGGCAUGAGUUAAACGAAAAGAUGCUGUCUGCAUGCCAUGUUCUCAAAACCUACCUGAGUGAUGCGAAGUCAUUAUCCAGUAAAGAUGUGAGAACAUGCAUGAACACGGUGCAGCACGAGUGGUUCCGUGUGUCCAGUCAGAAGACAGCAGUUGCCACUAUGGUGGAGGACUACCUGAACGCUUUCCGUAACGUCUCACACACGCUGCUGCAACACGUGGUCAACAUGGCUGAUGGCAAUGGCAACACAGCAUUGCACUACAGUGUUUCCCACUCCAACUUCCACAUUGUCAAGAAGCUGCUGGAUGCAGAUGUCUGCAACGUCAAUCAACAAAACAAGGCAGGAUAUACCCCCAUCAUGCUAGCUGCGUUAGCUGCUGUCGAGGCGCCAAAAGACAUGAGGGUGGUGGAGGAGUUGUUCAGCAAAGGGGACGUCAAUGCAAAAGCCAGCCAGGCUGGUCAGACAGGGCUGAUGCUGGCAGUCAGUCAUGGCAGAAUGGACAUGGUGAAGGCACUGCUGGCCUGUGGCGCUGACGUCAACAUUCAGGACGAUGAGGGCUCCACGGCGCUCAUGUGCGCCAGUGAGCACGGGCACGUGGAGAUAGUCAAGCUGCUACUGGCUCAGCCGGGCUGUGAUGCCACACUCCACGACAAUGAUGACAGUACUGCUCUGUCCAUUGCUCUGGAAGCUGGACACAAAGACAUUGCAGUGUUGCUGUAUGCCCAUGUCAACUUCUCCAAAGCGCAGUCACCAGGAACACCUCGACUUGGCAGGAAGACGUCUCCAAGUCCCACUAGAAGAAGCAUGUUUGAUUAAACAAGCCCCGCCCGCAUACCUCCUUUAAUUCUUCUCUGCUGCUAAUUAUAUAGUUCAUAUGUGCCUAGCGUUCAUAGCCAGCAAACCCGGGAGAGAGGACUCCUCAAACCCUGAUGCUCCAAAUCCAUCACAGACUGUGAAUGGGCUUUUAUUCAGCACUUUUCUGCCUUCAGUGUCACCGUCAUCUUCUCUUCCACUUAAGAGUUGUCAGUGGUGUUCUGGUAACUUUCGGGUCACACCAAAUGGGUUCCAUAGUGUACGUGUUCAUUUUGUGCCUGAAUUAACAAUCAAGCCAUGUAGAGGGGUUUAACAUCAACUGGAAUACGGUCACAAUGUAAGCUCAAGUCAGUGUAGAUAUUAGGGUUAAUGUUAUUUCUUUCAGUAAGUUGUCUUAGGAGUCUACUCUGUAUUUACUUGUUUUUAAUCAGGCAUCAAUUCUAAGAUAAUCUGAAGUCAAGUUUUAUAUUUGAACCCUGUGAAUAUGACUCAGAUUCACAGCAAAGUAGGUUUAAAUCUGUCUUCGUCCCAGUGUCCCUGGAGACUUAGUGUGACGGGUAGGGCUACAAAAAUUCAACAAUAUUAUUUUAAAUAUUGCAGUAAGUUUCUAAACUGAACAUAAACCCUAAUUUUAUACAUGCCAUUUUUAUUUAAUAAUCACAGUAUUUACUUAUUUACUAUCACAGACUAGCAGGAGGAGUCAAUAACAUGAAGUUAUAUAUUUAUCAAUUAAAGGUUUUAAUAAAUGUAAACGUAUUUUCGUGGUAUGUAAAUGUUUACAGUACGUGGUUAUCAUAGGUUUGAGUCCCCUUCCUUAAAUAAAUUUCUAUCAGACUUUAUGGUACUCUUUUCUGAACUUUAUUUGCUUAAAGUUCAUAUCACUUUCCAGGUAAUAAAAUUCUCUUUUA